GCCCUGUCCUCCGAUGGGUGGUGGUCUAGUCUGGUCUGGUCUGGUGUUUUGCACGGACACACGGUCGACUCCGGUUCUCCACGUGCGCUCUCUCUGUAGUGCUUUUUAGUGUGCUGGUGUCCGUCCAUCUCCUUUCCGACGACGUCUGCCUGGCGGCGUGCAAUUGAUCGAACAACCAACGGUUGGAUUUGUUUCCGGGCGCGUCGCGUUCCGGAAUUGGAUUGUGGAGGGGACAAAAAAGUUCCUUUUCCGAUCACUUUGUCACUGAAAAGGCCGUGCGAAAUAAAAAGUUAAAAUCACUUCGUUAUCCCGAUUCCGGGCUUGAGUGCGGUACUGAAGUAUCCGAAGAGGCGUUGGAGACAUUCUACUGAAUGAGGUGGAAUACGUCCUAUUCGUGAGUGGGUUCUUUCAACGGUCUUUGAAGACAUCGAAGAGAGGCGGCAACUGCUUUUUGGAGGCUCGUUAGCUCGGUUUAGCGAACCUUGACACAAGGAGCCUUGGGGCUGUUGUGUGUGUUGAAUUGCAAGUGCUAUUUUGCCUUGCAUCAUUGUCGGACCCACAGUAGGCGUAUAACUUGAUUCACAUCGCAUACCAGCCAGCUUGGAUAGGAGCAUUGUUUCUUGAGAGCCGGGGCGACCAGAAGAGCAACAACUUAACUCCCAAACUAACUAACAUCCAAGCAGGCCACAUGUCAACGCAAAGGAUUUGGACCACAGACGUCCACAGGAACGAUGACCAUUUGCCCAGCAAAAUAAAUGGCAACAACAACAAUGGCACUGCAAUCUCGGCUUCCGGCAACGCGGCAGCCAAUCCCUACCUUGUCGGAGUGCAAUCCAGGUUUCGCCGGCGCUAUUAUCACAAAUCUAUUUUCAUAGCCCUGAUCGUUAUCAUCCUUAUUCUGCUGAUUGCCAUCAUCGUGAUUGCCUGUCUGCUUCACUUCCCAGCGGACGUAUGCCACAGUCCGGAGUGCCUUCGUGCAGCCGCCGCCCUGCAGCAGAGCAUGGACCGCCGAGUCGACCCGUGCGAAGAUUUCUACGCGUACACCUGCGGUAACUGGGCCGACGAUCAUCCCCGGCCGGAAACCUACACCAGCUACGAUUGGUUCAGCGAGCGGCAGGCCCGUAUCCUGCGGAACAUCCGCCAGUAUCUGCAGCGAAACGAUAGCUUCGACGAUCCGAAACCGGUCAUGCAGGCCCGGGCCAUGUACCGGGGAUGCAUGAAUCUGACGGCGAUGGACUCGUUGGGGUACGAUCCGUUGUUCAAACUGCUGGGUGAGUACUUCCUGCCGAACUACCCGACUUUGCUGAACCUCACGCAGGUGGACUACGAGAGCUACGACUUCGAUUGGAUCCGCUCGUUGGCCAAGGUGAAGCAAAUACUCGGGAUGGAUAUCAUGAUCGGGUUCGACGUGUUCCCCGAUCCUAAAAACCGGGACUCAAACCGAUUGGUGCUGGGUACUCCGGAACAGGGAUCGGAUUUGCCAUUCAACGACAACAUCUUGAAGCACAUGUCCCGGGCCAAGCACAAAGUCAUAGUAAGCGAGGACGAGGAAGACUACGUAGAUGAUGAAGUGGAGGACACCCAGCACAUGAAAGCCUACAAGAACUUCAUGAUUGGAGCCAUGAAGAUUCUAGUGAACAACACGGAUUCCAAAGCAGAGAUAGAACCGUCGGCGGACAACUUCCAAAAAGCGGCCGACAUCUACAUCAAAAUGUCCAAGGCUCUCAUGAAGAUGGAGAAGCAAGCAGAGAAUGCUUCCAAAACCAACAAUACGGAGGAUCGACUCAACCUGCAGGACACUCUCUACGUCAGCGUACACGAGCUGCAGAACAUGACCGAUCAGCACAUCUUCCCGAAGGACCCGUUCCCCGUUUGGGAACGGUACCUGAAUGAAGUCUUCGAAGGCAUACCCGAGGCACAGCUUGAUCUGAGUCGGGAUCAGAUCCUCACUAGCAACGCAGAUAUUCUCUAUUUGCGUUUGCUAUCAGACUACCUCUCGCAAACUCCUCUGGUUCACAUCGAGCUGUUCAUCUGGUGGACGGUGGUCGAAGAGCUCAUUCUUCACACAACGGCCGAGAUCCGCCGGCUGCACUACGAGUACUACAAGACGAUGAUCGUGACGGAAGGAUACACUCCACGAUCGCUGUAUUGCACCGGAGCCGUGAACAAGCUGAUGGGUAUGGCGGUGAGUUACGCCAUUGCGGAUCAGAACUUCCUCACGGAUACGAAGCCCAAGGUGAAGCAAAUGUUGAACAAUAUCCGUAAGGCUUUCGAACGACUGGUCAGAGACACCACCUGGAUGGAUUGGAAGACGAAGAGCUCAACGCUGGAGAAGUCACAGGCGAUGCGGAGCUUGAUCGGGUUUCCGGAGUGGAUCUUCGAUCAGGGCAAACUAGAGCUUCUGUACGAUGCGAUCAACUUGAGCGACACGCAACACCUGGACAACAUGGUUCAACUGAUCCAGCUUCGAAACGUUAAAUUCCUGCGUCGCUGGAGGAUGAAGAACGUCCUAAGCUGGGACACCCAUCCGACCAACGUAAACGCAUUCCACGCCUUUCAGGACAACGCAAUCACGAUUCCGAUUGCCAUCCUGCAGUAUCCGUUCUACCAUCUGGGUCUAGAGGCGCUGAACUACGGAGCGAUCGGAACGGUGUUGGGACACGAGUUGACCCACGGGUUUGACGAUAGUGGUCGGCAGUUUGACAAGGAUGGUAACCUAAAACAGUGGUGGACCAACAGUACGGUACGGGAGUACGUCAACCGGACGGCAUGUUUUGUCCAGCAGUACAACGGAUACUUCAUUGAAGAAGCUGAAGACUACAUCGACGGACUUCAAACUUUGGGAGAGAACAUCGCCGACAACGGAGGCGUCCGGGAAGCGUUUGAGGCGUACAAAAUCUACCGGAAGAACAAUAAGAAGGAACCGCUUCUACCAGGGUUCGAAAACUUCACCCACGAGCAGCUGUUCUUCAUCUCCUAUGGCAACCUUUGGUGCGAAUCGCACACGGCGUCCGCGGCCAAGGCCGCCUUGGAUGACACCCACUGUCCGGGCUGGAUUCGGCUCAAAGGGGUGCUGAGUAAUUCACCGGAAUUCAGUCAAACGUUCGGCUGCAAAGCGGGCAGCGGGAUGAAUCCCUCAGCCGAUAAGUGCCGGAUUUGGUGAAAACGUUUCUUCUGGAUUCUGACAACCCCAAGCAAUCAAAUUGUGUGAUUUUAGCAGAGUAGAUUUUUCGACCAAUUUUGAUCUCGCAACAGGUGUGAUAUAUAUUCAAGUGCAAUAAACCAUUUGUUCCAGGCUGUUCACGGUUGAUGUA